AUGGAAGCUCCUGAAGUCACGCGCUGCAAACUCAUUCUGAAAACCGGCAAGCCGCACCAUCAGUAUCACCCGCGCCCACGCCUGCUGCACCGCCAGAAUCACCCGCCGCCCACGCCUGCUGCACCGCCAGAAUCACCCGCCGCCAGGACAGGAUCGCCGCCGCCUCGCCCGCCGCCCACGACAGGAUCGCCGCCGCCAGGAUCACCCGCCGCGUACGGUCGCCGCCUCCGAGUUUCACCCGGUCACCGCGCCACCUCCGAGUUUCACCCGGUCACCGUGCCCGCCGUCGCCUCAGCUCGUUGCCAUCAUCACCUUCACGCCAUUGUUUCUUGUCAUAUCUCCGGCAUUCCAGCUAUUGUUCAACACAGCAGUGAGCAAGCAAAGAGCAAGCAUUGGUAUAGUCGAAUGUCUGCUCACGAGAAAGAAGAGUACCUACACAAGCAGCGGAUCGCCCGGCAACAAAAAAAGGCGGAGACUCCAAAUCAUGAACGAGAGCAAGGAAAUCGUACCCCCUUUAGUGACAUAACCAACAAAGCUACUGACGAAAACCAAGAACAAGGCAGUAAUAGGAGUCGGUAUGCUCAAAUGUCUGUUCAGAAGAAAGAAGAAUACCUACAGAAAAAGCGGAUAGCAUACCGCAAAAAAAAAGAUGCAGCUCUAUUGGGUUCAGUUGGUAAAGUUGAUGACCCAACGUUAAAUGCAGGAAAAGGCACUCAUUUAAGUAAGCCAUGUUCUGAAAACAUGGCUGCGAAAAAAGUGCUGCUUCCCUUUGACGAUGCACAUCCAACUGCUGAAGCUGGAGUGUCACCAUCGCCAAAUCAAACUGAGACAUAUGCAGACACGAUGCGUGACAAUUCUAUUACUACUACUAACAACAUAAACUUUGCUGUUGAUGAUGAGAAUAUAGAACAGAAACCAAGUAGUAGUACGAGUUGGUAUUCACGGAUGUCUGCUGAAAAGAAAAAGGAAUACCUACUGAAGCAGCGGAUCGCACGCCAACAGAAAAAGGCUACAACUCUGCAUCUUCCAGACCAAGGGACACAUGACACUGACAAGAAUCAACCUAGGCGGGAUCGUGAUCAAGCACGUCGAAAAAACCUAACAUCAGAUGAGAUACAAGUCAUAAAUGCACAAAGAAGAGCUCGCAGCCACACCCUAACCCCAGGGGAUAGGCAGAAAAUGCUAAAUAAGCGCAAUGCAAAAGCCAUGGCUAGGCGGAACACCCCCUGCCCUGAAUCCAUCGCAAUGAUGUGCCCACAUGCUCUAACUUUACAGAUGUCAUGCCCACCAACAGACACGAAUGCAUCAUCGGUCAUGGAGACAUCCGAUCCACCUCAUGCUGCACCUUCAGGGUGCUCUCCAAACUACACCACUGAAACUGAUGGAGAGUAUCUUAGCAGGACAUUGGGCAAUACUCUAAUACAUGAUGGCUUCAUGAAUGAGACGCAACAGACCAAUGACCAGCAAGCAGACGAGCAGACGCAAGAGAGCAGAGCUCAUAGAAGGUCUCGGGAGCGAACUGAAAAAGUAUUGCUGGAACAGGCUGAAAUACAAGAUUCAAUUGCACACCGAAGAUCUAACAGACAAAACAUACCACACGGUGAGAGGCAUGCACAGCAACAACGUUCGAAUGCACGAUUCUCGGCUAAGCAGACCACUCAACGCGCCGAGUCCAUUACAAUGUCAUGCCCCGGUGCAUCAACCUCAACACCGCCCGACCCAUCAUCAAGCACCCAAGCAUCACCCCCUGAAUCAGCUUCAGCGAGCACACCAGCUUACACCGUUGGGACAGAUGGUGAUAUGGAGGCAUUCCUUGCCAGGCUCAUGGAGGAAAAUCCCACCCCAGGAGACCUCAUGGAUGAUGAGUAUUAUCUUUUCGCCGAUGAAGGUGAAGGUUCCGAUGUUCAUGGCAUGGACUUCGAUGAACCAGAGUCGACUGGCACGGACACCAUCAACCUGGAUCCUUUUGAAUUUGUUUACUCAAACCUGCCAGACAGCACACACAUCCUGCAGCACGCCGAGAACUGCGAACACUGCAACGCCAAGAAAUUCCAGUACGAGACCGACGGUUUCUGCUGUCGGAAUGGGCAAACCGAGUUGCUUGAACCGGAACCUAUACCGGAGCUAAUGAGGCUCUGGUCUAGCUCCGAUGCGGACUCUCGGCAUUUCAGGGAGAGCAUCCGGUUCUUCAACGGCCACUUCUCCUUCACAACCCUUGGCGUCACCCUCGACAACAACUACACAAACAUGAAGUCCGGGGUGUACACGUUUCGAGCACAGAGAACUAUGUACCACAAUGUGCAUUCAUUCGGGCCAGGUUCUCGUCCAGAACAUCUGCAGCUAUACUUCUACGACGAUGACCCGAACCUAAACCAUCGUGCCAAAUCCACAGAGAAUUUAGAUCAGAAUGUCGUCAAGAUGUUGGUGGACAUCCUCAAAGAAAACCCCUACUCAAAACAGUUUAGGAGACUAGGAGCCCAGCAGGAAAAUCUUGAUGAGUACCGCAUUGAGCUGAACACUGACCAGAAGCUAGACCAAAGGAGAUAUAACAAACCUAUAUCAGAUGAGGUGGCUGCUAUUUGGGUAGAGGGCAACAACCUAGCAAGAAGGUUCGAGCGCAGCAUUAUCCUCCAUGGUAAUAACAAUGAGAGAUAUGGUAUACAGGCGACACAGGGCUGUUACGACCCGCUCUCAUACCCCCUGUUCUUCCCAAAUGCUGAGCUCGGCUGGCAUCCUAACAUACCUAAACAUAAUGUAUCAUACGCAGCUGCACAAAAGUCAAGAGCAGAACGGGAUAACGAUGCAGAGGGAAGAAGCAGGAUGUGCGUCUCUGUCAGGGACUAUUACUGCUAUAGGCUGCAGACGCGUCCUGCCAUAUUCAACCCCAUACUGCAUGGAGGACGAUUGUUCCAGCAGUUUGCUGUAGACAUGUACAUCAAGAUUGAGGGUUGCAGGUUGAACUGGUUCAGGGAGCACCAGAAGGAGAUACGUGCUGAUUUGUAUAAAGGCAUUGUUGAUAGCGUCGCUGCAGGAGAAUCUCGAGCUGCCGCUGUUGGCAUAAGGACAGUGCUCCCAUCUACCUUCAAUGGGGGUUAUCGAGACAUGAAGAAGAGACAUAUGGAUGCCAUGGCACUGGUGCAAACGUACGGAAAGCCUGACAUUUUCCUAACAAUGACUUGCAACCCAAACUGGCCGGAGAUAGUUGAUGACUUGUUGCCUGGCCAGACCCCGCAAGAUCGACCAGAUCUUGUUGCCCGUGUUUUUAGAGCCAAGCUGGAGGCCAUGAAGGAGAUGCUCCUAAAAAAUCACAUCCUCGGUGUUGUCACAGCACAUGUAUAUGUCGUCGAGUUCCAGAAGAGAGGCCUCCCCCAUGCCCAUUUCCUGUUGAUCAUGGAUUCAACAUAUAAGCUCGUUGUGCCAGAUCAGUACGACCGUGUCAUAUCUGCCGAGCUCCCUGACAAGAAAAAGUACCCGGAACUCUAUGCCAUGGUCGUAAAGCAUAUGAUGCACGGCCCAUGCGGAGUUCUCAAGCCCAACAACGUGUGCAUGCAAGAUGGGGUGUGCAAAUGCAGAUACCCCAGAGCUUUCAACGAGAACACCGUACAAGGGAAGGACUCCUACCCUGUUUAUCGCAGACGAAAGGACGGUCGCGUCGCUAAGGUCCGUGGUCAGAUUCUGGACAACAGAUGGGUUGUGCCCUAUAACCCAUACCUUCUCCGCAUGUUUAACUGCCACAUCAAUGUUGAGGUCUGCUCAAGCAUCAAAGCUGUGAAGUACCUUUAUAAGUACAUAUACAAGGGGCACGAUCGGGCUUCGUUCAACAUCGACCAGCCUGACAGUGACGGUAACAUAGAUGAAAUCAAGAGAUACAUUGACGCAAGGUGGGUUACUCCACCGGAGGCUAUGUGGAGGAUAUUUGGCUUCAAGCUCUGUGAUAACUCGCCAUCGGUCCUACAGCUGCCGCUUCAUCUUCCAGAUAUGCACAGGGUCACUUUCACAGCGGGACAGGAUCUGAAAGACGUUAUCGCUCGGGAUAAUGUGGAGAGUUCAAUGCUCACAGAGUAUUUCGUGGCUAACAAUAACCAUCCGUGGGCUCGACAUAUUUUGUACAGGGAUUUUCCCGGAAGCUUCACAUGGCAAGCGACUAAGUAUUGGAAGCCAAGGCAAGAACGUCAUCAAGUAGGUCGAGCCAUGUCAGCCCAUCCAGCUGAGGGGGAUCGAUACUUUCUGAGGGUUCUGCUAAACCAUGUACCAGGAUCAACAUCCUUUGAUGAUCUUAAAACUGUCGAUGGUGUGUUGUGUGGCAGCUUUCGCGAGGCCGCUGAGAGGAGGGGUCUCAUCGAGGCAGACAACACGCUCGAUGAGUGUCUCACCGAGUCAGAACAGUUCGCAAUGCCAGCUUCUCUCAGGAGGCUCUUCGCAACAAUCUUGGUAUUCUGUGAGCCUGGUGACGUGAGAGGUUUGUGGAAUAGGCACCUAGAAGCAAUGUCAGAUGACUUCCGGAGACAUCACACGUGCCCAAACGUAGUAGAGCAGAAUGUGUUACUUGACAUUAGUGGCAUGUUGCAAUCUAUGGGCAAAGACAUAAAGAUGUUUGAUCUCCCCGAUAUAGACGAGACAUAUGACACCACAGGAGGCGAAGCCAGAGAGAUCAUUGAAGAGAGAAAUAUCGAGGUUGAUCCAAAUGAUAGCGCUCUAGCAUCCUCACUAAAUCCAGAACAAAGGCGUGCCUAUGACAAGAUAUUGUCAGCCGUUGAUAAUGGUGAUGGAGCUGUCUUCUUUGUCGACGGCCCGGGGGGGACGGGGAAGACCUUUUUGUACAGGGCACUCCUUGCUAAGGUCCGAGGCGAGAAAAAGAUUGCGAUUGCAACGGCGACAUCAGGCGUUGCCGCUUCCAUCAUGCCUGGAGGUCGGACUGCCCACUCGAGAUUUAAGAUCCCAUUGAACCUCGAAGAUGGGUCGUCGUGUAACUUCACAAAGCAAAGUGGGACAGCCAAGCUCCUAAGGAUGGCCUCGCUCAUAUUAUGGGACGAGGCGACAAUGACAAAGCGGCAGGCAGUUGAGGCGUUAGACAACAGCAUGCGUGACAUCAUGGGGCAACGGGGCCUACCGUUCGGAGGAAAGACUAUCGUUUUCGGAGGGGAUUUUAGGCAAGUGCUUCCGGUUGUCAGGAAGGGGACACGGGCCGAGAUAAUCGACGCAGCCUUGCGGAGUUCACACCUCUGGAAGGGCAUGCAUCAACUGCCGCUCGUCACCAACAUGAGGGCGCAUAGCGACCCAUGGUUCGCGGAUUACUUGUUGAGGGUAGGGAAUGGCACCGAGGAAACUGACAAGGAAGGUAACAUACAGCUCCCCACAGAUAUAUGUGUACCGUCCACAGACCUGGAGAAGGACGACCUAGAGAAGCUGAUCAAGCAUGUAUUUCCUUCUCUAGGCGAUAACAUGGCCGAUCCGAAUUACAUGACUUCUCGGGCGAUUCUCUCAACCAAAAAUGACUAUGUUGAUGGUAUAAACAAGACCAUGAUAGAACGUUUUAACGGCAAGGAGAAGAUAUACCACAGCUUCGACAGUGCAGAGGAUGAUCCGCAUGGGUACUACGCUGAAGAGUUCUUGCACUCGCUAACUCCUAAUGGGCUGCCCCCGCAUGAGCUUAAGUUGAAGAUAAAUUGUCCCGUUAUACUCCUUAGGAACAUUGAUCCUGCUAACGGACUAUGUAACGGCACGAGGCUUGUCGUUCGAGGGUUCCAGAAGAACGCUAUCGAUGCGGAGAUCGUGGUAGGACAACACACUGGGGAGAGGGUGUUCCUGCCUCGGAUACCUCUCUGCCCGUCUGAUGACGACAUGUUCCCAUUCAAAUUCAAAAGGAAACAAUUCCCGAUCAGACUCAGCUUUGCCAUGACGAUUAACAAGGCGCAAGGGCAGACUAUCCCUACUGUCGGUGUUUACCUACCAGAACCCGUAUUCUCCCAUGGCCAGCUGUAUGUCGCGUUGUCUAGAGCAACUGCAAAGGUUAACAUUAAGAUCCUCGCCAUCAAAGAUAAGCGCAAGGGCAAGGAGAUCGUCAUAGGUCCAUUAGGCAAAGGUAAAGACGAGGGCACCGACCAGAACAAUAAUUCCAAAAAGCGAAAGAGAUCCGAGGACUUGGUAACGACCAUGAAGAACAUUGUCUACAAGGAAGUCCUUACCACUUGAACACGUCAGAGACAAUUUGAUCAUCUUAAAUGAUGAGUAUUGUAGAGAACAUCAGUACCGGCUUCUUGAAAUCUGUAAUGGUUAUAUGAACGUUUCAUAGUUAACUGUCAAUUCAUCUAUUUGAAUAUUUUACAUGUGUGUAGAUGACAUUAAAAACCAAUAAAGCAGCUAAAGUUUAUGGCUGGCAGUGUUGUUGCUGUCAAUUAUAUCUAGGCAGUUCGAGACUAGAGGUUAUAGCUCGGAGUAGACUACUAUUAUCAUUUUAGGACCAGAGAGUAUAAGUUGAGAAUCACAUCAUUUUUCCCAGAAAUGUCUUGGUUAUUGCCAAAAUGAUAUUGAACUUGUCAGUAACGCUUUGAAAGGGACGUGCCAUGAGCUGAUAGCUGUUAUGAAACGUAAUGUCAUGUUGGCAAGAUUUUAAUCUUUGCACUGGUAGGAAAAUUUGUUGCGCAAGACCAGAUUACUUUUGGACACUAUCCGCAUAGACCAGGUUACUUUUGGACACUAUCCGCUGUUUGGAAUCUGACUAAAUAUUAUUUUAUAUAUCGUUAAU